GCCUUUAGUUUAUUCUAUUUUUGAUUUCGAGUUGUCUAUGGAAUCUCCAAAUAAAUUAAAUGAAUUGAAUCUCCUUGCAGGUAGGAAUACCUACAUGAGGUCGUGUUGUGAGUGGCUUGCAAAUACAGAUGACCUUACGCUAAACCGUGAAUCCUAACAAAUGAAUAUAAAGUAGAGCAUCUCUGGCAACCAAAGGUGUGAACACGAAAACUUUCUACCAAGCAACGACGAGAGGCAAAGAAAUCAAAACACACAGCCGACCAAAAAGAAAAUACAAGGACUGUUCGCUACAAUCGAAAACAUCACAAACCUUUGUGGUUGUUUAUGCUUCGUUCAAAUUAUCGCUGGACCGCACACCAACUGUUUAUCCUUUCCCAGAAUAUCUUAUAAGCCCCCAAAAGAACACCAAAUAUUUUAGUAGUCGAGUAUUCUCCAACUUCUGGAAGUAUGGGUGAGACGUUCAGCCGCUGGUGGUGGGGCGGGGACCCGGACCAAAUAAAUGAAAUAUCUGGCAUGUCAUUGAGGGAUGUUUACAAUGUGCAACACUCCUGGAAGACGAUUCAUGCAAACCCCUUGGAUAAUGGAUACCUGAUGUUUUUUAGACUCUUCGAAGCAGACCCAGAAACGAAGACUUUCUUCAAGAUCCUAGACAAUGCGAGGUCUGAAGCCGAUAUGAAAGCGAACGUGAAGUUCAAAGCUCACAUCCUGAACAUUAUGGGGGCACUCAACAACUCCAUAGUAAAUUUGGACAAACCUGAAGUAGUAGUGGUGUGGAUGGAAAAACUCGGAUCCGCACAUCAAAAAUUUAAUAUCCGGGAACGACAUUUUUGGGUGUUCAGAGAUGUCCUGGUGAACAUUUUGCAAAACGAUCUUAAGUUAAGUGAGCCGAUCGUGAAGUCUUGGGGCAGAUACGUCACCUUCAUAUAUAGUCAUAUACUACCGAAAUUGUCUUCAUAAGCUGCACUAAUUGGCAAAAUAGCUCAACUUUAUUAUAUUUUUGCACAUUUACUAAGGUCAUCUAGUCUAGAGACGCGUCCUUUUUUUGGGUCGAGAUCAAUCAAAUAGUUUUUAAUUUAUAUCACAUUGAGUAUUUCAGCCAGUAUUUUAUAUACCUAUCAUAACAUAGUUCUGCUAUCAUGGUCUAAAAAAAUUAGUAACUUGCGGAUGAAGCUGAACAAAUAAGCGUGUUAAGACUAGGUUUGAAUUUUCUUCCACCUCAAUUUUUCGAAAUAUUUUUUUGUUUAUUUAUUGUAAAGGAAGGUUUACCUUUUUUAUAAGUUUUGACUCGGAUUCAUUAAAUACCAAGAGUAUUGAUAAUUACAUAAACAUUUUAUAUUUGACUGCAUAAUUAUCUGCAAUACAUAUAAUCCUAAUUUUUUUAAUAAAUUGUGAUUUAUUAAAA